AUGGGUGACGCCGCUGUCGAAAACCCGGCGAACCAGGUCCCGCCUCACAAGAGGACCGCGCACUCGACCAUCCCUACCAUUGACAACUUUGAGGGCGUAUCAACCGACGGCGGAGACGAUUAUGCGAAUCUCAAGAAGCUCCAGAGGCAACUAGAAUAUAUCCAGUUGCAAGAAGAGUACAUCAAGGAUGAGCAAAGGAGUUUGAAGCGCGAGCUGGUGCGAGCUCAAGAAGAGAUCAAGCGAAUUCAGAGUGUGCCCCUCGUCAUCGGCCAGUUUAUGGAGGCUAUCGACCAAAAUACUGGCAUCGUCCAAUCGAGCACCGGCUCCAACUAUGUCGUCAGAAUCCUCUCUACCCUCGACCGCGAAAAGCUCAAGGCUUCCUCCUCGGUCGCCCUCCACCGACACUCCAAUGCCCUCGUCGACAUUCUCCCUCCCGAGGCCGAUUCCUCCAUUGCCAUGCUGGGCGCCGACGAGAAGCCCGACGUGACAUACGCCGAUGUCGGUGGUCUGGACAUGCAGAAGCAGGAGAUCCGUGAGGCCGUGGAGCUGCCCUUGACACACUUCGACCUCUACAAGCAGAUCGGUAUCGACCCUCCCCGAGGUGUGCUGCUGUACGGUCCUCCCGGUACCGGCAAGACCAUGCUGGUAAAGGCUGUUGCCAACUCCACUACUGCCAACUUCAUCCGCGUCGUGGGCUCCGAGUUUGUCCAGAAGUACCUCGGUGAAGGUCCACGAAUGGUCCGUGAUGUCUUCCGCAUGGCCCGCGAGAACUCUCCUGCCAUCAUCUUCAUUGAUGAGAUCGAUGCCAUUGCUACCAAGCGUUUCGACGCCCAGACCGGUGCCGACCGAGAGGUGCAGCGUAUUCUGCUCGAACUCCUCAACCAGAUGGACGGUUUCGACCAGACCUCCAACGUCAAGGUCAUCAUGGCCACCAACCGAGCCGACACCCUCGAUCCCGCUCUCCUCCGUCCCGGCCGUCUCGACCGAAAGAUCGAAUUCCCCUCCCUGCGCGACCGACGUGAGCGCCGUCUCAUCUUCAGCACCAUCGCCGGCAAGAUGAGCCUCGCCCCCGAGGUCGACCUCGACUCCCUCAUCGUCCGCAACGAUCCCCUCUCGGGUGCCGUCAUCGCCGCCAUCAUGCAGGAGGCUGGUCUGCGCGCCGUCCGCAAGAACCGCUACAACAUCAUCCAGAGCGAUCUCGAGGACGCCUACUCGAGCCAGGUCAAGGGCACCAGCGACGAGAACAAGUUUGACUUUUACAAGUAA